CACUGCCACACUAAUUCUUGAAAUGAUUGUCCAGUCCUGUGCGGAUCUUGCCACUAACCAACUCAACUGCCCAUUGUAGUGCCACUGCCUCCCGAAUAGUUGGAUACAUUUGAACGGAUUUAAAUAAUCUUCAAAUGGGGAGGAAGAAGAGUAAACCAAAAGGACAUAGAACUCCAUCAAACAAAGCAGAUAACUCAAAUGACCGAGAUGAAGAAAUAAGCUAUAGUAAUUCAAAAGAAACUCAGAUAUUGGUUGAAGAAAGUGAAUCAAGGUUAGGAACAUCAAGUGAAACUGAAAAAUCUGCAGUUGACACUCAUAUGGAUGGGACUGACAUUGAAAUUUUGUUUGAAAACAACCGUUUAAACACUGAAAGAGUAGUGGGUAGAGAGUAUUUCAUCCACUCCUUAUGCCAGGUAUGCAAAGAAGAGCUAUAUAAUAGAGUGUUGUGUCCAAAAUGUAAACUGGUAAAUUACUGUUCAGACAACCACAGAAAACAACAUUGGAAUGUGCACAAAGAUCUAUGUAAGGCAAUAACAGAAUUAUGCACAGACAGACAAACAGACCAUAUUAUGGAAGGUUCACUCAACUGCUCAGCCGAAGAGUUUAGGAUCUUCAGGUUCCGGAACAUGGUGGAGUGUGAAGCUAAGGUGGGCAGAUCUCUAGACAGAUGGGAGAGGGAGAUUUUCAUAUUUCCCAACGUUUGUGGUAUCUGCCACCAAUAUGAUUCUAAAACUCUGGACAUUUGUAGCAGUUGCAAACACAGUGGAUUCUGUAAAGAUCAUCGAACUAAUGAUCACAACAAGUGGUGUGAGUUUUUAUUACGAUACAAAAAUAUUAUUAGAGAUCAAAGCAAAUUCGGUAUUGUCUGUCCAUCUGUACCAAGAACUAAACUGUCAAAAGUUUUACCAAAGCUGCAAGAUAUGAAGCAGUUGUUUAAAGUAUUUUUGAACUAUAAAAACACUUAUGAGUAUUUUGAGUUGGCUGAAAUAACAACAUAUCCACUUACAACACUGAAUGCUUUAUUGGAUAUGAAAACUGACAGACAACGAACAAAGGUUACAAUUCAUGUUAUUGGUGCCGAAGCAGAUUUUGAGAUAAAUCAACCUAAAAAGUGGGAAUACUUCAUUUUACACUUGAUCCCAGAGUUGAAAAAUCUCGAGAUUGAGUUCAUCGGUCCGGAAUUGAGGCCUACACCAGAGCAAAAGACUAUUACAGUAUGUUCUAAAUGUAAAGAAGCUAAAAAGUCUAUGAAUCUCAAGUUUCAUAGGGAUCUUUAUCAUUUAUUUUCUAAGAAACCUAAGUUUUCCAAGCCUCAUCUGAUCUGUGUGUUCAACCCAGGAUUAUAUCGUACUACUGGUUUCAACAAUGAGGACACGUGGAGUCCUACUAUAGAGAGCAUGUUUGAUCAAGACUGUCCGGUACUCACAACUGCAUAUACACACAAAGAAGUGCAUUUGGAUGUGCAGCGAGUGAAACAAACUCAAACCAUUUCUCUUGUUGGUGAGCCAAUGUUAAAUCCCUUUUCUAGUUUGAAACCUAGUUUGAAUCUUGUAAGUGAUGAGGAGUCUCCUGUAAUUUUCAAAAACCAUUAUUAUUGUAUCAUGUGUAAGGCUUGAUUUUUUACAUGAUCUUAGAUUAACACUGGAUAACAUUUGUAAGCUGCAAAAUUCUGGAUUGAGUAGCUUCAUUUACAAAAAAAAACCGUUUCACGCUUCAAAUUCAAAUUUCAAUUUUGUGGACAAUAGUACUUGGUCCAAACACAGCAGGCCUUCUUAUAACACAGUACAGCUUGAUAAUGUUCUAAAUUAAAGUAAAUUAAUCUGUAUCUCUGUGUUUGUACAUUGUAUGAAAAAGGAACAAUAAAGAUUUAUAAAAAUUAAACUUGUAGAUAGUAAACACAUGUGUUACAUUUUAUAGUAUUUUAUGUAAUAAAGUUUAUUGGUUUAA